AUGGAGAUUUUUGACCCUCGCUGCUUCCCGUCCCCCCCCCCCGGGCUCCUCCGGGCCGGCAGGGGGCGCUCGAGCUUCCUGCUGCGCACCGAGACUCGUGUCCGUGUUUACAAGCGGAGCGUGACGUCCAGGACCCAGCAGAACCCGCUGGUUCGGAGAAUCAUGUCCCGGCUGGAGAGUCUGAAGGUGUUCCUGCAGGACCGACUGACGGCGGCCGCAGAGGAGAUCCUCGGCGCGGUGGAGAGCCUCCUGGCCGAGUACCGGGACGAGCUGCUCCGCUCCGCCGAGCUGGAGAUCAGCCGGCGGCUGCAGCUGCGGCUCCGAGCAGAGCCCGGAGCGGACCGCUGUGGAGGAGCCCCGGUUCUGCAGGACCUCCAGCACCUCCAGCCUCCUGCUCCGGCUGCUGCCCCGGAGGAGGCGCCGUGUGAGGAGCAGCAGGACGGAGGCAGCAGCAGCGCGGAGCCGCCGGAGGCCUCCCAGGUGAAGAAGGAGCAGCAGAGGAGCAGCAGGGAGUUCUGGAUGAACCCCGACACCGAGCAGCUCCAGGUUCUGGACUCGGACAUAAAGAGCUUCAUGUCUCCUGCGUCCAGCCUGAAGAACCUGCAGGAGGCCUCCAGCCUCCAGAACCUUCAGAACUUCCAGCUGAGCCACAGCGGGGACGAGGCCAGAGAGAAACCCUACAGCUGCUCGGUGUGCGAAAAACGCUUCAGCAACUGCUCUCACCUGGCCGCGCACAUCAGGACGCACACAGGUGAGCGUCCGUACAGGUGUGACAUCUGUAGGAAGAGCUUCAUCACCACCAGCGCCCUGAACAGACACCAGACCAUCCACACCGAGGGGAAGCACUUCGCCUGCAGCUGCUGCGGGAAGACCUUCAAGUGGAUGGAGAGUCUGGGAAGACACAUGAGGAGCGUGCACAAGAGCGACAACGUGCACGUGUGACUGUGGCGGGAUCACACGUCCUCCUCAGCCUUUACAACACGUGGACUUCAAACACAUGAAUAAAGACACAAGCUGCUGUAAAAUCCCCUGAAGGCAGCAGCUGAAGGGUUUGUGGCUCAGAGCUCCGUGUGAGUCCAGAGUCCAGAUGAAACCCAGUCAGAACCAGAAAGAAUGUACAAUAUGAUGUUAAAUGUGUCCGGACCUGAUAAACUGUAAGAACUUUUUAUAAACCAACGGUGGUGCAUUUGUUCUCAGAAUAAAAUCUGAAAUCUUCCAG